AUGAAGUGUCCUAGUUGGAAGAGCAGAUUCGAAGUUGCGCCUGUUCUUAGUGCCAUCAUCAUCAUGUCUUGUAUGAUAACCCAGGCAGCUGAUAUAUUGGUUGUACCGGCUGAAGUAAGUCAUUGGACCAAUAAGAGAAUUCUACUGGAAGAACUGAAAAAUCAUGAACGUAACUUCACAGUGCUUUAUUUCUCAACUUCUUGGCAUGUCGAUGCGAGGCCUGAUUUAUAUCAAUCUGUGGUGGUAGAACUUGAUUGGAAUGCGACAAGUGAAGAUAUUUUGCGAAAAUUUGUACAAAAGUCAUUAGAGAUUUUACAGAACGGUUCAAGGCCAUGGACUUUUCUUCAGUCCUAAUACAAACUAAUGUCUUUUAUGCACACCUGUCAUAGUUAGGUUCACAAGGUUGUUAUCACAGUCUUUGAAAACAAAAGUUUGUUGAGACAGCUUGAAAAUGCACACUUUAAUUUAGUAUUUGCAGAUCCUGUUUUUCCCAUAGGUUCAUUGCUUGCUUUUUAUUUAAAACUCCCUUUGGUGCAUAAUGUUCGUUGGCUCACCAGCGGAGAAGCUCAUUUUCUCUUUGCCCCUUCUGCAUUAUCUUAUAUCCCAACGCCGGGAUCACAAUUGACGGAUAAAAUGAAUUUUUUCCAAAGAACAAAAAAUGUCAUCUUAAAUCUUUUUCAUCGAUCCGUAACAGAAUUCCUAACUCACCCCAUGUACAAUGACCGCUGCCAUCGCUAUCUGGGCCCAGACACAGACAUUGAGACAGUUCUUCUAAGGGCAGAUGUGUGGCUGAUGAGAGUAGAUUUUAUAUUUGAUUUUCCAAGACCCACCAUGCCAAAUAUUGUUUAUAUUGGAGGAUUCCAGUGUAAACCAUCCAAACCUCUGGAGAAGGAGUUUGAAGAGUUUAUCCAGUCCUCAGGGGAACAUGGGGUUAUUGUCAUGUCUUUGGGGUCCAUGGUCAAUUCUUUGCCAAUACAUGUAACAAUGCAAAUAGCAGAGGCCUGUGCUCAAGUACCUCAGAAGGUUAUUUGGGGACACAAUGGAGAGACCCCUCCCAACAUUGGAAAUAAUACACUACUGGCAAAAUGGAUCCCUCAGAAUGACCUACUAGGGCACCCAAAGACACGAGCCUUUGUUGCUCACGGUGGCACCAAUGGGCUUUAUGAAGCCAUCUAUCAUGGGGUAGUUGGAGUACCUCUGUUUUAUGACCAGUUUGAUAACUUAAUCAGACUUGAAAUCCGAGGUGCAGCAAUGGUAAUUGAUAUCUCCACCAUGCAGUCAAGAGAUCUAUUGCAGGCACUCAACAAGGUUAUAAAUAACACCUCUUAUCGGGAGAACAUGCAGAAACUCUCUGCUCUCCACAGAGACCAACCCGAAUCUCCAAUGGAGAGAGCUAUUUUCUGGAUUGAGUACGUUGCCCGACACAAAGUGGCACAACAUUUGCGCUCAGAGUCUUACCGAAUCCCCUGGUACGUUUACUAUUGUGUAGAUGUGAUGAUCUUCCUGUUGUCACUGUUCCUCAUGCUUACGAUGUUGUUAGUUGUACUGCUAAAGAAACUUUGUACCAUUAUUUGGCAGAAAAAGCAAAAAGUUCUGUAAUUAUGGUUUUGACAUGAGAAAGGGGCACUUGGACAUCAUAAUCAGACAUGCUGUUUGAUAUAAUUAGCCACUCUUUGAAAUUUUGCAUUACAUAUGAGCAUCACAAUGGCACUGAUGUGCAUAGUCCACGUGACUCAUUUGUGUGAUGGGCAGAAUGUGUUUUUAGCUGGAUGGCAGCAUUGUGUUAGUUGCAAAUACCACUCAUGUUGCUACUGCACAGUAUUGUAUUCAUGUUAAUAGGCUGAUGAUGAUUCACUCAGUAGGAUUCAUUAACUUUGUGUGUUAGAUUACUUAAAACAAUGAAACCCAUUACAAAUUAUGAAGCAGGAACUUCAGAAGCCAACUGAUUUCUGGUUGUACAGCUCGCAGACAAAUGGCAGGCAGAGGCACAACAUUAUAUGCACACAGCAUGUCAAAUUCUUAAGGACAAGCUCUUUUAAAGGC